AUGGCGGCGCCGCGGGGUCCGUGCGGGGCGGCGGUGGAGCUGCGGCUGCGGGCGGCGGGCGCGUGGGCGGCGUCGCCGGGGCUGGUGGCGCUGGGCGCGCUGCUGGGGCUGGCGCUGGGGGGCGGCGCCGCCGCUCUGCUGGGGCUCGGCGCGCUCGGGACCCGCCUGCUCGCCCCCCCACGACGCCCCCCCCGACAGAACGACGACUCUCAAAAAUUGGUUGAAAGCAAUCGCUCUGCAGCUCAGAAACAUCAUCGUGAAGGUUAUUCCUUACCAGAAAUGAAAGAAGCAGAAACAUGGACAGUCAUAGACAAGGACGACCAGCCUCCUUGGGACGCUAAUGUUACAGAAUUUGCACUAAAAGCUAAAGUCAUCUACCCAAUCAACCAAAAAUUUAGGCCCUUGGCAGACGGCUCCUCCAACCCCUCUCUGCACGACAAUGCCAUGCGGCGGGGGGCCCUGCCCCAUCAGAUCCUGGACGGCUCCACCUCCAGCAGCACGGGGUCCCUCAGCCAGGGAGCCAAAGACGAUGGUGCCUCCUCCACCACCACCAUUCACUCUGCAGCAAGCCAGGAUAACCGGUGCCAGGAUCGAACCUUCCUCAAAGUGACUUGUUUUCCUGAACUGUUAACCUGUGACAUAUUUGAUGUGAAGAUGUGCCUGUACAGCCUCUUUCUGAAGCAUCUCCAACUGAUAGACAUGGACCUAAGGAGACAGAAACAUGUGGUAAUUCUUCACAUUUUCAGAAUGCACGUAGUCAAUUUUUAUCUUAAAAAGAAAAUAUCUGAAGAUUUGUAUCAAAGCAUCCUUCGUACACAAGAAACGGCAUUUGAAGAGUUGCAAACCCAGCUCAGUUCCAGACUCCUGAGCAUGGAGGUCUCCGGAGUGCAUGAAACAGAAUAUCAAACCUUGGAUGACUUGGAAAGGAAUGAGAAGGGUUACACAGAUCAUGUCCUAGAUAAUAUGGAAGCUUUCUGGAAACAGACCGACCAAUCCCUGCUCUUUCUCCUGGAUCAGUCCAAGUGCUCAAGUGCCAAAGCAAAGAAAAUCCGGAUGCGCCUGACUGAGGCAAUGAUUGCUGUGGAGGAGUCCUUCAAACAAUCACAGGAUUCGCAGGCAACGGCCAUCCAAGAAAGAAUGUUUAACUGGGACCAACUUGUGAAAAUUGUUGGAUUGCUGAGGACACAGAUGCAGGAAGAAAGUAAAUGCAGACUCCACGCGAUAUCUCACAUGCUGGAUCAAUUAAUUCGAAGGAACUACCUCACUGUGAAACAGAAGGAGGAGCUCUUAACAGGAAUCCAGAAGGCUUUUUGGGGGAAAGUAGAACUCUAUGAAGAUGAAUGUAUUCAGCUGGGCAAAAAUCUAAUCCAGAAAUGCCUCAUGAGUCACACAGAGAAGAUUGAACGCCUAAGCAAAGUUCAGGAAGAUGAGCAAGGAAGUCUCCUCAACAAAAACCAGCAUCUGGGAAGCCUCAAUGCAUUUCUGAAGGCUUAUUUUGAAAUGUCAGAACAGCAGAGAAAAGAACGAUGCAAGCUGGAAGAAGAGAGUGAUUGUGAAACCAUUGAGGCUGUGGGAGACCUCUAUAAGAAACUGUAUUGUAGAUACUCUCGUAGUUUGGAGGAUUUGGUUGUUCAGCUGUUUCUUCAGACUCUGCCCAUUUUAACUAGUCUGCCACUAAAAGAAUGUGAAUUUCUGAAAGAUGAACAGCAGGAAGAUUUGGCCCUGCAGUUAGAGAAAUCAGAGAGCUACAGGCAAAAGCUUUGGACGUUCUUCCAAGAACAAAUACGACAAGAACAGGAGCUGUGGAUGGAAGAGUGUGCGAUCUCUGCUGCGAUGCAAAGGCGUUUGUCAGAGACAAAUGAGAAGAUUAUCCAGUGCGUGACGUCCAGAUUGGGUGGGCUGAACAAGGCGUCAUCCAACUAUGUAACUCAGAAGCACAAAUCCUUGCUCCAGUCUGUCCUGAGGAGGUUGGCACUCCGACACAGUGCUCUGAGUGUUCUUGCACACAUGCGGACGUCCAGGAGGAGAAGCUUUCUUUUGGAGCUAAAGGAGCAUCAGAUGCUGCAGCAGAGCUCUUCUCACUGCUUUGAUGAACGCCAGUGGAAGCAGCUGAAGGAAACGGGAUUACACAUUGUUGAAGAGGAGGAGAAACUGGGCAAUGAGAUGCAACAGACCAGACUAGAGUUCCACCAGCAAUUAAUAACAGAAACCCGAGAGAGCCUUCAGUUCCUACAGCAGCACAUGCAGCAAGUGGUUGGCCAGGCCUUGGUCCAGCACGCUCGGCAACUGGCUUCAAAGCAUGACACCGAUGGGGAAGAAGAUGUCAAGGAGAUGCUGAAGGAAGCCUCUGUGGAGGACGUUCCCGGGCCCGGCCACAGAGCCCAGCGGCUGCGGCAGAAUUACUUGGAGCAACUGGCAAAGAUCCAAGCGAGUCAUGAAGACGCAGCACGGAACGCAUUUCAGGAGAGGAUUGAAUGCCAAAGACAUGAAAAGAAGUGGGAUUGUGAGCCAGAACACUGGCCAGACCCUCCGGAUACUUCACCUGCUGGCUGGAAAAGAACACCAUGGAAGCCAAAGAGGGUUUGGGCUUGGUUUGAUGUCCAGCAACAGGGCCGCUUAGCUUCCCUGAAGCAGAAGAUGUUGUGCCUGAGCAACCUGGAGACGCAGCUAGAGAACCAGCUAAUGGAAAGAAACUGCAGCCAAAGAGACCGGAUGCCCCGUCUCAUGAAAGAGAAGAGGAGGAGGAGCAGCAGCAGCACAGCGCCAAGGACAGUGUUUCCCCCAGCCAGGUCUCAAAGGCCUUCAGGUGUUGUAGACUCCCCAGCUCACUAA